UCUCUCUCUUUCUCUCUCUUUCUCUAUCUCUAACUCUCUCUCACGCGUCGUUCAUUGCGAAACCACCCACCCCUUUCCUCCUCAUCUUUUCUCCGUCCUCGUAUAUAAACCUACCAUUCUCGAUCCACCAUUUAUGUGAACUGGAAGAAUUUCCAGCAUAAAAACCCCCCCAAAAAAACCAAAAAAAAAAAGCAUAUUUUCUGAAACAGAGCGGGAAGGGAAAGCAUUUUUCAGCGACCCAUUUCCUCCUUCGCUCUGUAAACCUUUUUUCUCUCUGGCUUUUCUCCUCACACACAGAUCUUCUUCCAUUAAUCUCCGGCGAUUUCUGUUUUUUCCCUUCCUUUUUUUUUUUUUUCUCUGGGUAGGCUUUGUUUAUGUUUAGGGGCUAAUCUUUAGAUGUUUGUGGAGUUUAUUGUUUGAAUUGAUUUUAUUUUUUUUGGGAAGGGGAAAAAUGGGAACGGAGAUUCUUAGACCGCAGGAUUGUUUGGGUGAGAGGGUGAACCCGUUUCAUCGCCGGAAAAAUGGGUACGCCGUCGGUGGGGGCGGGGCGUUUUACCCCCGUAAUAAUAGGAAACAGGUGGUUAGGUCGGAGAAGAAGAGAUUCAACGCGGCGGCGGCGGCGGAGGCCGUGCCGGCGGGUCCCAAGAAAUCGCCCAGCGCCGAGAAUUUGAGACACGGCGGCGCCGGCGGUUGGAAGCACGCCGAGCUAUUGAUGGGGCGCGUGACGAUCUUGCGGCGGGGGGAGUCGAUGGGCUCCCUCAACUCGAAGAUCCACCGUGACAACAAGGCGGCGCCGCCGCCGAAUGGUGGCUCCGGCGACGGUGCCGGCGAUGUCGCCGGCGACGAUUUGGUGGUCGUCGGGAUCCGGAGACUGGGCCCGGAGCAGCCGGUCAUGAUUCCCAAGCAGAUCCGCGUCAGCCGCUCCUCCGGCGACGUGUACGCCGGCUCCGGCUUCUCCAACUCGCCGUCGCCGAGAUCUCUGCCUUUGCCUUCAUUCUUCAACAACGCUAACAAGAAGCAAGACGGGUCGGACACGACGUCGUUUGACGACUCGGCAACCCGAGACUUGAGACGGUUGCUCCGACUCGAAUAGAAAAAUCGGAUCCGGAUCCGGAUCCGGGUCGGUGCCCUCGAUGUUUUCAAGAUCAAUACAAAUCCCUCCUUUGGUUUUUUGCACAUAUGGAGUGAUUAAAGUGGGUCUGAAAAUAGAGGGAAAAUGAAAACAAAAUAAAUUAAAACACCGAUUAAAAGGAUCCUAUUUUUCUACUAAUUAUUAAUAAUCGUUAUAAUAUAUAUUAAUUAAGGUGGGUUAAUUUGGAGGGUACUGUUGUAAUUUCACGUGUAAGAAUGAGUGAGGGAGAGAAGAGUACUUGCCAUAAUGUUAUUACUACCAAGUACCAAGUCAAAUGUAUUAUGGUCUGUUGAUAUUUGGUGAUGUAGAGGAAGAGGAGUUUUGUGAGCUCCAAAUCUUUGUAUAAUAUCCUAUUAUUGAAUAAUAGACAAAGAUGAACUAUUUAGGGAAUAA